GUGAACAUUUGAGGUACUAGUAUGAGCAUCAAAAUACUUACUGAUACGACGAUUUCGUCCCUAAGCCAACUGUUCCUUCUGAUCCCAUCCCAUCUCAAAAUGUUAGGCGGGGCCUUGUCGUUUUCCCAGCUAAAAAAGAGCCCUCAACGUCCACCUCCCAACCCAGGCCCGCCGGUAGCAGCCCGCCCUGCUUCGAAUUAUUCCAAGAACCCGCUCACCAAUCACGGGCUCGCCCUCUCGUACACGAAUAUGCCGGCCGUGAGAGGCGAUGGCAUGCGCGGCUUGGCCGUGUUCAUUUCCGACAUCCGCAAUUGCAAGUCCAAAGAGGCCGAGGUCAAGCGGAUCAACAAGGAGUUGGCCAACAUCCGCUCCAAGUUCAAGGGCGACAAGACCUUGGACGGAUAUCAGAAGAAGAAAUACGUGUGCAAGCUCCUGUUCAUCUUCCUCUUGGGUCAUGACAUUGAUUUCGGGCACAUGGAGGCCGUCAAUCUCUUGUCCUCGAAUAAAUACACAGAAAAGCAGAUUGGAUACUUGUUCAUCUCGGUGUUGAUCAGUCAGAAUAGCGACCUCAUCAACCUCAUCAACCAAAGCAUCAAGAACGACUUGUCCUCGCGCAAUCCGGUCCAUAUCAGCCUGGCCCUCCAAUGCAUCGCCAAUAUUGGGUCCAAGGACAUGGCCGAAGUCUUUGCCCCGGACAUUCCCAAACUCCUCGUUUCCGGGGAUACUCUGGACGUAGUGAAACAAUCGGCUGCUCUUUGUUUGCUUCGUUUGUUCCGCACUGAUCCGUCGAUUAUCCCCGGGGGUGAAUGGACCUCUCGGAUCAUUCAUCUACUGAACGACCAGCACAUGGGCGUAGUGACCGCUGCCAGCUCGUUAAUUGACGCUCUGGUCAAAAAGAACCCCGAUGAGUACAAGGGGUGUGUUCCACUAGCUGUUUCGAGGCUGUCAAGGAUUGUCACCGCCAGCUACCAGGACUUCCAAGACUACACUUACUACUUUGUUCCCGCCCCUUGGCUGUCCGUGAAACUUCUACGACUGUUACAAAACUACGCAGCCCCCGAGGACCCUGGAGUUCGGGGUCGAUUGAAUGAAUGUCUGGAGACCAUCUUGAACAAAGCCCAAGAGCCGCCCAAGUCCAAGAAAGUGCAGCACUCAAAUGCCAAGAACAGCGUCUUGUUCGAGGCCAUCUCACUCAUCAUUCACAAUGACAGUGAACCCAAUCUGCUAGUGCGAGCUUGCAAUCAACUCGGCCAAUUCUUGAGUCACCGCGAAACGAAUUUGCGCUAUUUGGCCCUGGAGUCCAUGUGUCUCUUGGCCACUUCCGAGUUCUCGCACGAAGCCGUGAAAAAGCAUCAAGAGACCGUGAUCAACGCCCUCAAAACCGAGCGAGACGUGUCCGUGCGUCAACGGGCCGUCGAUCUGUUGUACGCCAUGUGUGAUCGAUCCAACUCGGAAGAUAUUGUCCUUGAGAUGCUCACCUAUUUGGAGACAGCCGAUUAUUCCAUCCGCGAGGAGAUGGUGUUGAAAGUGGCCAUAUUGGCUGAGAAGUACGCCACGGAUUACAAGUGGUACGUGGAUGUCAUCUUGAACUUGAUUCGCUUGGCUGGUGAUUACGUCUCGGAAGAGGUUUGGUAUAGAGUCAUCCAAAUCGUGAUCAAUCGAGAUGAUGUUCAAGGCUAUGCUGCCAAGACCGUUUUUGAGGCCUUACAAGCUCCAGCGUGCCACGAGAACAUGGUGAAGGUGGGCGGUUACAUUCUCGGCGAGUUCGGAAAUUUGAUCGCGGGCGAUCAACGCUCCUCGCCCGCGGUUCAGUUCCGCCUGUUACAUUCCAAAUAUCACCUCUGCUCCUCGAGCACGCGCGCCUUGCUUCUCACCACCUAUGUCAAGUUCAUCAACUUGUUCCCCGAGAUCAAGGAGCAAAUCCAGAAGGUCUUGAGUCAGGACUCGAAUCUGCGGAAUGCCGACGCCGAGUUGCAACAACGAGCCAGCGAAUACCUGCAAUUGUCCAAUGUGACCUCGUUGGAUGUGCUGGCUACGGUUUUGGAAGAGAUGCCACCCUUCCCCGAGAAAGAAUCAUCCGGAUUGUUGAACCUACUCAAAAAGAAACGACCGGGACGGGUGCCCGAGAACCCGGAAAUCAAAUCCGGCGAAGAAGGAGGUUCGAGUAAGCCGCAAGCUAUCAUUUCUGGCGGGAUCCCGCCUCCUUCGGCCGGAAAUGGAGGUGCAUCCGCCGAUCUUUUGGGUCUGGGAUUCGAUGGUGGCAAUGGAGACGCUGGAGGAUCCUCAUCGAGUAUGAAUGGCAAUGGAAUAUCAGCCGAUCAACCCACAGACAACCUGAAGAAGUUCUAUUGCAAGAAUAAUGGCAUUCUCUACGAGAACGAGAUCGUUCAAAUUGGCGUCAAGACCGAGUGCAAGGCCAAUUUGGCCCGAUUGGCCCUCUUCUAUGGGAACAAGACAUCUACUCCAUUCAUAAAUUUCCAACCCAUCGUCACUUGUUCGCCGGAGCUGGCCACGGCCUUAGUGUUGCAAGUCAAGACCGUUGAUUCCACGGUUGAAGCUGGGGCCCAAUUCCAGCAAAUGGUCAACCUGGAGUGUGUGGCUGAUUUCACAUCUCAACCAGAUCUGAAUGUAUCGUUCAUGAAUAGCGGACUGCCUUACAAAGUGAGCUGCAAGAUCCCCAUCUCGAUCAACAAGUUCAUGGAAGCCACCGAGAUGAAUGGCGAUUCCUUCUUCUCAAGGUGGAAGAACCUUAGCAUGCCUCAGCAAGAGUCGCAAAAGAUAUUCAAAGGCUCACUGCCCAUGGAUCCAACUCAAACCAAGACCAAACUGAUCGGAUAUGGGUUCAGCCUGUUGGAAAACGUGGAUCCCAAUCCGGAGAAUUUUGUUUGCGCUGGAAUCGUUCACACGAGAUCUUUACAAAUUGGAUGUCUUCUCCGUCUCGAGCCUAAUAGUCAAGCCCAUAUGUAUCGUUUGACAGUGCGGUCAAGUAAGGAUUCCGUGGCCCAACACAUGUGUGAAGUCCUCGCGGAUCAAUUCUAAACCAGAAGCACCUGAUCAGCUUCAUAAAUCCAUUUUCUUUUAUCGUCUCUCUGCAAAAGAAGACUCCGUAGACUCCCGUUUAUUUUUUGAUCAAUCACAUGGCCUGGGAUAUUUGAGGUUUAUUACUAUUACUACUGAUUUUCCCGCUGGGGGAAAUGGUGAGGCCCACCUAAAUUGCUUAUUAUUGUUAUUGAAGUGGUUGAACAGCAUCACUAUUCGCAUCAUUAUUGCUCUUUACCAUAGAGAACAGCUUUGUUAGAGAUAUAUCAGUAAUUGAAGCUUUUCAAAGAAACAAAAGACCCACUUUUAGCCUUCUCCUCUUCCUCCUUCUUCCUUCUACUUCCAAUAUCUCUCUGCUUUCUGGACUGGUUUUUUAAGACCCGAGAUUUUGUCGUUGGUUCUCGACAUUCCUUGAACAAAUGAAUUGGAGGCGUGAUGAAAAUGCAUUUGGAAUGACAUGAUGAAGUAUGAUGUAUAAACAAUAUUGAGAAUGAAAUAGUUAUUAAAAGCUGUUGCUACUGGA